CUUCCUGAAGGCAGGGGGCGGGGCUGGCGCCAGGCUCCGCCCUCCAGCCCCACCCGCGCGGCCAGCUCGUUCGUGGCCUCGCUUGUGCGUCUGCGCGAGUCCCGGACCCGAAGCAGCCAUGAUGCAGGAAGGCCUGGAUGACGGCCCCGACUUCCUCUCGGAGGAAGACCGCGGACUUAAAGCAAUAAAUGUAGAUCUCCAAAGUGAUGCUGCUCUGCAAGUGGACAUUUCGGAUGCUCUUAGUGAAAGGGAUAAAGUCAAAUUCACUGUUCACACAAAGAGUUCAUUGCCAAAUUUUAAACAAAAUGAAUUUUCAGUCGUUCGACAACAUGAGGAAUUUAUCUGGCUUCAUGAUUCCUUCGUUGAAAAUGAAGACUAUGCAGGUUACAUUAUCCCACCAGCACCACCAAGACCUGAUUUUGAUGCUUCACGGGAAAAACUGCAGAAGCUUGGAGAAGGGGAAGGGUCAAUGACAAAGGAAGAAUUCACAAAGAUGAAACAGGAGCUAGAAGCUGAGUAUCUGGCAAUUUUUAAGAAGACAGUGGCAAUGCAUGAGGUGUUCCUGUGUCGUGUGGCAGCACAUCCAAUUUUGAGAAAAGAUUUAAAUUUCCAUGUCUUCUUGGAGUAUAAUCAAGAUUUGAGUGUUCGAGGGAAAAAUAAAAAGGAAAAGCUGGAGGAUUUCUUUAAGAACAUGGUUAAGUCAGCGGACGGAGUCAUUGUUUCAGGAGUGAAGGAUGUAGAUGACUUCUUUGAACAUGAACGAACAUUCCUUUUAGAAUAUCAUAACAGAGUUAAGGAUGCGUCUGCUAAAUCUGACAGGAUGACAAGAUCUCACAAAAGUGCUGCUGAUGACUACAAUAGAAUUGGGUCUUCAUUAUAUGCUUUAGGAACUCAGGACUCUACAGAUAUAUGCAAGUUUUUCCUCAAAGUUUCAGAACUGUUUGAUAAAACAAGAAAAAUAGAAGCCCGGGUGUCUGCUGACGAGGACCUCAAGCUUUCCGACCUGCUCAAGUACUACUUAAGGGAGUCACAAGCAGCUAAGGACCUCCUCUAUAGAAGGUCAAGGUCACUAGUGGACUAUGAAAAUGCCAAUAAAGCACUGGACAAGGCAAGAGCAAAAAACAAAGAUGUUCUACAGGCUGAAACCUCCCAACAGUUGUGCUGUCAGAAGUUUGAGAAAAUAUCUGAAUCUGCAAAACAAGAACUGAUAGAUUUUAAGACGAGAAGAGUGGCUGCAUUCAGAAAAAAUUUAGUGGAACUUGCAGAACUAGAACUAAAGCAUGCAAAGGGCAACCUCCAGCUGUUGCAGAACUGCCUGGCAGUUUUAAAUGGAGACACAUAGGCCUUGCUCCGCCUUCUGUUGAAAAGGGCUGCCUUCAAAUCGUUUGUUUUCUUGAUGACAUCCAGCAUCUAAGCUCACUGGGAACAACAGAAACAGCUGGCACGAUGCACCGGCUCUUCUUCUGAGAGACAAUGGAGCGGCCAGGCUCACUGCCCACAGGGCAGCGGUCUGCCACCCCACACUUGACCUUCCAAGAAGCCCAAAGUUUAAUUGUCUUUUCUUUUAGUAGCCUGUCUGAGUUUAUUUUGUAUGUAGCAAUCUUAUGGCUUAUUUAACCUAUGAGUCACUCGUCCAGUUUUAAUAUUCUCAGAGUCCGUUAUUCACACAUGAUAAUGGUUGCCUUUCUGGAUUUUUUUUUUUUUAAGCAUCCUGUGCCCUGCAUUCUUUCAUGUAUCAGUGUAAAACAUCUUAAUGAGACUUACUUUGACUUAAUGAGCGUAGAGUUUUGGGUCAGUUUCUGUGAGCUUUAUAUGUGAUCUCUGAAGAAAAGCAGAUGCGUUACAUGUUUGCCUUAAACUCGUGGACUAAACCAAUGUUGUAAAACGCCCAGCGAUACCAGCGGCGUUUUCACUCCAUGUUCCUUGUAUCGCUCUGGAAUUUGGGGUAGCGAUAAUAAAUCUACUCCAGUAUUAUGCUUUA